GCUCCGGGCUGCGGCGGGGAAGCAGGCUUGGGCCGGUUGCACCUGCCUACAGUGGCAGGUACGCCGGGCUGAGGCAGCGGGGGCGGGGCGGCGUAAGGGUCCCAGCGCCGGCCUCAGCCUUCUGACUUGGAGCGCCGGUCGGAGGAACCGAAAGCCAGGGGACUUCCCACCCCUGGGAAGGCCCGCAAGGGAAACGCAGAAUCGGGAUUAGAAGAGGAGUCAUGUCAGAAGAAACAGUAAGCGAAUCGCAGUUUUCCUUGAAGACAGCAGCACUAAGAGCGUUAGAUCGCCCUCUGUCUUGGUACUCUUCUCUCUCCCAGAUCAGAUUUUCGCCAGUAGCUAAAAAGUUGUUUGUGGUAACUGCAGUGACUACCAUGUCUGUAAUUUUUCUGGCCCAUCACUUUAAAAGAAGACGUGGAAAGAAGAAAGAAAAAAUACUACCAUGGGAACCAGAGCACCUCAUACUUGAAUACACUAAAAGAGCAGCAUCAGACAAAGGUUCAAGUUGUUCCAGUAGUAGACAGAAUUUGACUUUAUCUUUAAGUUCUGUCAAAGACAAAGGAUCUCAAUCUUGUAACUAUGCAAAUGGAGGACUUUUCAGUAAAUACUCAGAUUCUGCACAGAGUUUGGCCUCUGUCCAGAGUGUCAAUUCUUGUCAUAGCUGUGCUUGUGGCAAUUCUAAUUCCUGGGACAAAGCAGAGGAAGAUGAUCUUAAACUUGUUAAUAUUCCUGUGACUACUCCUGAGAAUUUGUACUUGAUGGGUAUGGAAUUAUUUGAAGAGGCAUUGCGUCGAUGGGAACAAGCUCUAACCUUUCGAAAUAGACAAGCUGAAGAUGAAGCCUGUAGUUCCAUUAAAUUGGGUGCAGGAGAUGCCAUUGCUGAAGAAAGUGUAGAUGAUAUUAUUAGUACUGAAUUUAUCCAUAAACUUGAAGCUCUGCUGCAAAGAGCAUAUCGUCUCCAAGAGGAGUUUGAAGCCACCCUGGGAGCAUCUGAUCCUAAUUCUCUUGCUAAUGAUAUUGAUAAAGAUACGGAUAUCACUAUGAAGGGGAAUGUGGAUGACUUUGGCCUGCGAGACACUCUGAGCAUUGCAUCAACUGAUUCUUUUGCUUCAGCAGCAGAGCUUGCAGAACACAGAGAAGUACGGCAUACUUACAGCCUGGAGUCUCUUUGCCACUGCCCUUUUUACGAAGAAGCCAUGCACUUAGUUGAGGAAGGAAAAAUUUACUCAAGAGUGCUUAGAACUGAAAUGCUGGAGUGCCUAGGAGACAGUGAUUUUCUUGCCAAGCUCCACUGUAUUCGACAGGCUUUUCAGGUCAUUCUUUCAGAAAGAGCCAACAGGAUAUUCCUUGCUGAGAGUGGAAGGAAAAUUUUAUCAGCCUUAAUUGUGAAAGCACGAAAGAAUCCAAAGAAGUUUGAAGAUGUUUUUGAUGAAAUGAUCUAUUUUUUAGAGCAGACUGACCACUGGGAUAGUACUGAAAUGGAACUUGCUGCUAGAGGAGUGAAUAUUCUAAAUUUUUAUGAUGUUGUUCUGGAUUUUAUAUUAAUGGAUUCCUUUGAAGACUUAGAAAACCCGCCCACAUCCAUACAGAACGUAGUAAAUAAUCGCUGGCUAAACUCCUCCUUCAAAGAAACUGCUGUGGCUUCAAGUUGUUGGUCGGUGCUGAAACAGAAGAGGCAGCAGAUGAAGAUCCCAGAUGGAUUUUUCGCCCAUUUUUAUGCCAUUUGUGAACAUAUCAGCCCUGUCCUAGCCUGGGGCUUUUUGGGUCCUAGAAAUUCUCUCUAUGAUAUAUGCUGCUUCUUUAAGAAUCAGGUUCUUUUCUUUCUCAAAGACAUAUUUGACUUUGAGAAAGUACGCUAUUCCAGUAUAGAGACUUUGGCUGAAGACCUCAUGCAGUUACUUAUUCGCCGCACUGAACUUUUAAUGGCCUACCUUGGAGCCGAUGCACUGAGGCAUACAAAUAGUUGUACAAGUAGUCAUGGUCACGUUCUGUCCGGGGGCCUAGUGGAAGCCAAAGUGCUAUAAGAAGCAUGAAAAUCAGACAAUUUGAGUGUGCUGUGAACUAUUUUAAGGUAACUAUUGAUUCUGUAACAUUACACAGAAUUGGUAGAUAUGGACUCAGGGAGGGAAAACAAUCUAGUAAAGAAUGAGUGACCGUACUGUACUUACACAGAAGUUCUGUCAUUGAAUCCCUGUGUAGUGUAUCCAAAGCAGCUUUUUACAGUCUUCAGGUAAUAAUUUAAGUCGUGAGAUGUUGCAUAUUUUACAGAAAUAUUGCUUGAACUGAAACCAGUACUUGGAAGUUAAUUGAUUUGUCGUCUUGAAGCUGUCUGAAAUACCCAGUAUCAUUCUCAAGAGCUCUGUUUUUAUGCUUUGCACCUUGCAAUUAUACACUUCAACUAAGACAUGUGUGGCCCACAUAUACAGGAAUGUAUUACUCCCAGUGUCAACAAACUCAACUUUGCCUGAAAAUGUAUUUUUAAUUGUGAAGUUACUCAUUUGUUUAAUCAAGUUUAGACAGUCGUGGUGUUUAAUAUGUACUGUUUACAUUAUAGCUUGUGCAUUUGCUUAUGUAUUUGAAUCAAAUAAAUUGUAAAUGGCUGAGUAUUGUUAUAAAACAUUUAAAUGAAUUGACACUGACAAGUUUACAAGUUAUAAGUUUAUAUUAGAUUUACUGUAGUUUCCAAAACAUAUUACUAUUGGCCCUAUAAGUUACAAUAGAGACACUAAAGAAAUUUCUUUUAUCUUUAUGGAUUAGAGCAUUUUUCUCUUAAAUGAAUAUGAUUAAAAAGAUAACAUUUAUUAACUAUGACAGGCAGUUAAAAUAUUUUCUGUGUAGUUUUUAGACUAUCUCCCAACAUCUGAAGUUAUGAAUAUUGGUAUGGGAAAAACGAUUUCUCCUUACUCCUUCUACAAAACUGGUUUUUAGUUAUUCUCACAGAGAACGUAGCACAUUUUGUCAUGUUAUGUCCAUAUUUUAAAAAUAUUCAUACUUUCAAUCUCAGUGAGGUUUUAAAAAAGGGAUUUUUCCCCCUGUGAAUAUACAACAAAAUACUUUUAUUAAAUUUAUGGGGGUGACACCGGUCAGCACAGUCAUAGAGGUUUCAAGUGCACAUCUCUGUGAUACAUGGUCUGUCUGUUGCACUGUGUGCCCAUCACCCAGUCAAAUCAUCUUCCGUCACCGUGUAUUUGGCCUCCUUUACCCUUUACUACUCUCCCACCCUCUUCCCUCUGGUAACCACCAUACUGUGGGUUACCUAUGAGCAUCUGUGUCUAGGAGUGUUAGUUUUAUAUUCCACAUAUGAGUGAAAUCAUAUGGUCCUUAGCUUUUCCUGACUGACUUAUUUCGUUUAGCAUAAUGUUCUCAGGGUCCAUCCGUGUUGUCACAAAUAGCAGUACUUCAUCUUUUCUUAUGACUGAGUAAUAUUCCAUAGAAUAUAUGUGCCAUACCUUUUUUAUCCAAUCUUCCAUCAAAGGACACUGAGACAAAUUAUUUUUAAUGGUGUAGAAGUAUAUUUCAUGUCCUUUAUGAUGAAUAUAUGAACAAGUGGGUUGUUCAUGUAAGUAAGGUUUGUUAGAGUAUAUUAGAUACUUUCAGAGUUGUAUUAAUUUUGUGUCUAAAUCAUACACCACUUACUUGGAGUGGCUGACUCAGUAUGUCAAUGGAUCGGAUUGAUUUUGUUUUUAAAGUGGGCUUUAUUCAUUUUAGGAGUGAGUUACCCAGAAGGGUUUAAAAAUAUUUUUUAAAUGCAUUUUUAGAUUUAAGUGUCUCGUUUCUAAUUAAUGAAUAGAAAGUGAAAAGUGUGGUAGGGGGAGCAUAAUCUCCUAAGGCUUUAAAUUUAUGUAUACGCCAUGGUUAGUUAACAGUAGUUACAAAUAUGAGAUUCAACAUCUUCAUGCUAUUUGCAUGUACUAUGUUCCAUAAUCUUCAGGUUAUAGCAUUAAAUGAUAUGACAUAUUGCUCUAAUAAUUUUUGAGUAUAUAGCUCCUUGACUUUUCUUACAUAUAUUCUUAAUUUAAGAAUUGGCUCUUUAUAAUUCUUGUUAUUGAUGGAGGAAUAUUAUUAUUAGAAAUAUCAAAGCUAAAAAUUUCAUUAUGUAAUAUUUUAGUUUUUGAUUUAUAUCUUGUAUUUUUAGCUUCUUGUUGAGGUACCACUGGCCUUGAAUGAUACACACACACACACACACACACACAAACACACAUAUGUACACACACACAUUACCAUGAUCAUGUAGGCAAGACAGUUAUUGUUUAUAUUAAUUUUACUGUUUGGGGGGUGCUAAAGGUUUUAAGCUGUGGUUUUAUAAACAAAGCUAUAAGUAAAUUUGAUUACUCUUUUAUUUGAGGAAGAUACUGUUUGAAAUCUAUUUUGAAGAACUGCACUAUUUAAUAAUGCUGCUACUAUGUAAAAUAACUGAAGAAUUUAUUUCAUCAGGUGAGAUGAAUGGCUUUCCCAAAGGUGUUUUUCUUUUUUCUUUUAUAUUUCACCUUAAAAAAAAAAAAAGUUGGCCAUAUUCAAGAGGUUGAUUUGUCUAAUUACAGGCUUGAGUUUGAUUAGUUUCUGGUCAGUUCAAUAGCUACUGCUUGUGUAAGUGCUUUCUUUGUGGCCUUUAACAAGAGUCCAGAGUGACCAAAUAGAAUUUGAGGGUAAUAAGUAUAGGAAAAAAACUAUCAUAAGAGAAGAAUCUUCACCUUUUUAAAAGAAAUAUCUCUUUAAAAUGUUUUUGACCACAGAAGAGCACUUAAGACAUUGGAACCAAUUGCAAUUUGCCUUGAAAUUGGGUUAAACAGUUAAUGUUUUUAAAAAGAAAAGAAAAUGAUUUAAACUAGUUUUAACCCUUUUAGGAUAAACCCUGUUUAACAUUUACUCAUGGUAGUAUUAUCAGAAAACUGCCAUUGCCACGUAAGUCCUACCGCCCACCUCCAUAUGCAAAUUAUAAGUGGGCCUUGAGUUAGUCCUGAGAAAACAGAUUUUUUUUUCCUCUUCUGUUUUCUGGAAGAAUAAAGAUGAGUGUUCAGGUGAUUUAUAUUUGGCUUUUUUUUUUUCUAUUUUGGUAUCUCUGAAUUUUUAACUAAAAAGCUAGUUAUUUCUUCUCUGAGACUUACAAUAUGUUUAUUAAAUGUCAAAAUGAGCUUAUCUUUUUAAAAAGAAGCCAAGUUUUUCAUUCUGUUAUAGUCAGCUCCAAAGAACUUUCUCUCCUACUGCAGUAUGCUUUAUUUGCAUCCAUUUACUAUGAUUAUAUUAAUUUGUUGAAUUGACUUUAUAAAAAUAUUUACAAACUCUUGCCUUAAAUAUGUAACAUUUUGUACUUAAAUGAUUAGCUAAGGAAUGAUUAUUUGCAUUACAAAAGAAUGCUUUAUCUCCUUUAAAUAUAUGGAAUAGGAAUGCCAAAGUAACAUUUAAUAUACUCCUCUCAUAAUCAGAAAUUUUAAAUUAUGUUUGUAAACUAAUUUGCUUUUAUUUUAAUGUGAACACAUUAUGGAAUUAUUUGGAAGUAUUUCAAAGUAUUUUACAAUUCAGCCUGAAUUCAAAAUUUUGGUUAUUUGCUUAGAUUAAUCAAAUUUAGAAAUAUCUCUGUAUGUGAGACUUAGGAAUUUGUAUAAUCUAUGAUUAAUGGAAAUAAAGGCACCCAUUUUUUUUGUUCCUAAUGAUUAUAUUGUGCUGUUGUUUUGCUUAGUUUGAGAAUAACCAUGUGUUAGCUUUACUUGACUGAUAUCAGUGAAUUUGUCUAUUUCCUAAAUGUAAGGACUGCACUAACUAGUUUAUGUAAAAGUGAAACACUACAGUAGCAGAAAAAGAUAGCAUUGGCUCUUUAUCCGAAAUAAGCACUAUAACAUGGAUGUAUUUCUACUACUGCCAAAUAAAAAAGCGAUGAUGUAUCUUGCUGGUGUAGUGAGUAUUUUAUACAAUGCUUAUCUAUCUCAAGGUCAUUCUUGUUGCGCAUUGAAGUUGCCAUAAGCCUCUCAUACAGGCAUAGAGAA